AUGACUCCUGAGGAGAUGAUGCGCAAGAACCAGCGAGCGCUUAAUAAGGCUAUGCGUGAUCUGGACCGUGAAAGAAUGAAAAUGGAGCAGCAGGAGAAGAAAGUGAUCGCUGACAUCAAGAAACUAGCCAAAGAGGGACAAAUGGAUGCUGUGAAGAUAAUGGCAAAGGACCUGGUGCGCACGCGUCGCUACGUGCGCAAGUUUAUGCUGAUGAAGGCGAACAUCCAGGCUGUGUCGCUCAAGAUCCAGACCCUCAAGUCGCAGAACACUAUGGCACAAGCGAUGCGCGGGGUCACGCGGGCAAUGGCCACCAUGAACCGACAGCUCAACAUGCCACAGAUACAAAAAAUAUUACAGGAGUUCGAGAAACAGUCAGAGAUAAUGGACAUGAAAGAGGAGAUGAUGAACGACUCCAUAGAUGAAGCCAUGGAGGCAGACGACGACGAGGAAGAGAGCGACGCGGUGGUGUCCCAGAUCCUGGACGAGCUGGGGCUGCAGCUCAACGACACGCUGUCGGGCCUGCCGCAGGCCACCGGCUCACUCUCCGUGCCCGCAGCCAAGAGUCCGACGGCGGCGGCGGCGGCGGUGGGCGGGGGGGGGCGGGGGCGCGGGGCCCUCGGACGCGGACGCCGAGCUGCAGGCGCGCCUCGACAACCUGCGCCGGGAGUAGCCGCCCUCCGCCCUCCGCCCGCCUCCCCACUCCCCCCACACCUCGAGGCCUUAUCGUCUAGCUUUACUGGAAACGGUCACUGUUCGUGA